UCCGUACUCCAUCUCCAUCCAUUGUUGUUUAGUCGUUUUUAUUUUAGUUAUACGUAAAUAGCUACUCUUGUGCAUGAUUGUAAACAAUUAUUCAUAUUUAUAACUUAACUGUAUGCACUUAGAAUCAUCAUGAAUAGUGUAAGCACCUUACCAGCCCAACCCAUUGGGAUACAGAGUACUGCGGGGGCAGUGCCUGUUCGAAAUGAAAAGGGUGAAAUAUCUAUGAAAAAAGUUAAGGUGCAGAGGUAUAUUUCUGGAAAGAAACCUGACUAUGCCCAAGGGGCUUCCUCAUCGGAAGAGUCUGACGCCGAGGACUUCAUUGAGCAGCAGCGGCCGGAGCGGCGCCUGCAGACCCUCCCGCAGGUCAUCAGCAGGGAGGAACAUCACAGUGAAUCUGACAAUGAGGUGGAUGAUCCAAGGUUACGUCGUCUGCGUAGCACAGCGGCCCGUUCACCCCCACGCCGGUCUGAACACAGACCAGAGGUUAUUGAUGCAGAGCCAGAAGUUUCAGAGCCAAGUGCUGAUGAAGCCAACAGCACCUCUGAGAGUGAAGAUGAAUUGGAGGAGGAGGAAAUUGAAAGGCGUCGGCAAGCUCUCAAAGCCAAACUUGCAGCCAGGGAAGCUGAGAAGGAGGCUCUGGGCAGAGAUGAGGACGAGGAGAUGAUGGAUGCUGCCAAGGAGGAGAGUGAAUCCUCUGACACAGAGUACACAGACAGUGAAGAAGAUACAGGUCCGCGAGUGAAGCCAGUGUUCGUGAGAGCUGCCGACAGAAUGACAGUUGCAGAGAGAGAUCGCAAGAUGAAACAACAGAAGAAAGAAGAGGCAGAAGCGAGAAAAGAGAAGGAGGAGAGAAGAAAAGAGGCGCUGAAACUUGUGGAAGAGACCAUCAGAGCUGAGCAGAAGAAUACACAGGCGGAACAGAAGGAGGGCAACAUCAACGACGUGUGCACGGACGACGAGAACGACGAGCUCGAGUACGAGGCGUGGAAGCUGCGCGAGAUGAAGCGCAUCAAGCGGGACAAGGAGGAACGCGAGGCCGUGGAGAAGGAACUCCUAGCCGUGGAGCGUCUCCGCAACAUGACGGAGGAGGAGCGGCGCGCGGAGCAGCGCGCGCACCCGCGCCUCGUCACCAACAAGGCCGUCAAGGGCAAGUACAAGUUCCUGCAGAAGUACUACCACAGAGGUGCGUUCUACUUGGACAAGGAGGAGGACGUGUUCAAACAAGACUUCUCCGGAGCCACGCUCGAUGACCAGUUUGACAAGACUGUGUUGCCAAAGGUGAUGCAAGUGAAGAAAUUCGGUCGUUCCGGUCGCACCAAAUACACGCAUCUAGUGGACCAAGACACCACGGAGUUCGAGUCAGCGUGGAGCAACGAGGGGGCAGCGGCUCGACUGAACUUCCGCGGAGGCAUGAAGCAAGUGUUCGACAAACCCUCAGCCAAGAGGAAGCACCACAAUACGUGAAGUGAAGAGCUGGAGUGUAGGGUUAAUGUUUAGUCGUAAGGUUUUUUUAGGAAAUAAAUUAAUGAUAGUGAAAGUGCAA